AGAGAGGCAUGGUGACAGCCUGGGACGGAGACAUAUCGCAGUCACGUAUAUCCAGGGACGGAUCUUGUGCAGUAUAAUACAUGUGCGCGCGCAGAGGAAGAGGGAAUACAUAAUCAGUGAGAAAGAGGAUGCCUCGGCCUCAUUGGGAGUCUAAAGAGGAAGACUUGAUCUGAAGCAAAACGGGCAUUUCUUGAAAGCAGAUUUUGCAGGAAAAGGAACUCGAGGUAUGGCAAAGAUGGCCUGUCCCGCAGCUACAGAGUCUGACCCCCUUGGAAAAGAACUCGAUGAUCAGUGCAAAGAGCUGUUAAUCGACAUACCACUUGCUCUGGAGCCUCCUCUUUGGCCGGAGUGCUGCAUCUACAGGGUUCCCAAGAGACUUCGGGAGAUAAAUGAAAAGGCAUACACCCCGAGGCUGGUUUCGAUUGGCCCAUUUCAUCACCGCCGAGAAGAACUGAGGAACAUGGAAGUGCAAAAACUCAGAUAUUUGAGGGAUUUCUGUUACCGAACUCGGACGAGCCACGAGGAUCUUGUGGUCAUCAUCCAGCGAAGCGAAGUGAAAAUCCGCCGUUGCUAUUCAGAGACCUUCGAGCUCAGCAGUGAAGAGUUUGUGCGCAUGAUACUGUUGGAUGCUGUCUUCAUAAUUGAGCUUUUCUUGAAGAAAUCUGAAAAUUCAACAGAGCAUAAAGACCAUAUAUUACAUCAACCGUGUAUGGAACGAGGUAUAAGGUCUGACCUGAUUCUACUUGAGAAUCAGGUCCCCUUUUUCGUUCUUGAGGAGCUCAAAGAAGGACUGAGCACAAAGGUGUUUAGUUCCAGCUUUCUCGAGCUUUCUUGCCAGUUCUUUCAGAGUUAUGGAAAGCCGCCAGAGUCGACCCGGGAGGUAAAACAUUUCACAGAUUUGGUAAGAAAUUUUUUCUUGCCACCAACAAAACUUACUCCACCACCGAACCAGAAAGCUUCAGAAAGUAGAAGUACUCAAUGCCUAUAUACAGCGACAAAGCUUGGCGAGGCAGCGUUGAAAUUCAGGCCAGCUGGGGAAAGAAGUACUUUGCUUGAAAUAAGAUUUCCUGAGAGGAAAUGCUUAGAAAACUGCCCGUGCUUGAACUUAUCAUGGCUCGUAUCUUGCUUACCAUGCUUGAAAACCACAUUCUUGGCACGAAUGCAACGUUUCUUGGAAGUUCCACCCUUUCUGGUAGACGACAAAACUGAAGGUCUUUUCCGAAACCUCAUGGCCUUGGAGCAGUGUCACUACCCAUCUCAAACUUUCGUCUGCGAUUAUGUUGUGCUGUUGGACAAUCUCAUCACCACUAAAAAAGACGUCAGUUUGCUUGUUGAAAAGAAGGUUAUUGUCAACGAGCUGGGUAGCAACAUUGCAGUGACGGAUCUAAUCAACAAACUCGGCCUUGAGAUUGAAGAAAAUGGAACCUUUUACUCGGAUCUCAGUAAAAGGCUUAAUGGCUACUACGAAAACCCUUGGAACCGUCUCGUGGCAACCUUGACAAGUGUGUAUUUCCAUGAUUUCUGGAGAGGAACUGCAACUGUAAUUGGUCUCGUUGUCCUGGCUCUCACUAUGUGGAAUUUCAUUAGGCUUUUUAGAAGGUGGCAUUGAAAAUUGAAGCCUCCGUGGUUUGGUACGUACGUUUGUUGCAUCGCAUCUGAACUUUGUAAUCCUGUUUAGCUUGUAAUAUCCGAUUUCGAUCUUCAUAGGUUUUGCCAAACAUCAUUUUGAUGUUGUAAUAAGUUUAUGGCAUUAUUUCAGUAUCGGUACUGGAGAAGUCUGUGAUUCAGCAAAAUAAAAUUCUAUGCCCUGUUGUUACCUUUGA